AUGUCACUAGACAAGUAUUUCAAGCGUAAAUCCCUUGAGGAUGAAGAGUCGAUCAAAGCUUCAAGUCAUUCAAAAGGGGGUGUUGAUUCGUUUGUGGGUGAUGGGUUUUCAAAUUGGAAAAAAAGGGAAAGAUUUGAUCUUCAUAUUGGAAAGUCUAAUAGUAAUCACAAUGCAGCUCAGAUAAAGUGUGAGAAUUUGAUGAAUGAAAAACAAAGUAUCAUAACUUUGUUGUUUGAGCAGACAGUAAAGAGUCAAAGUGAUUAUCGAACUCGAUUGAAUGCUUCAAUAGAGUGUGCUCGUUUUUUGCUGCACCAAGGACUUCCAUUUCGUGGCCAUGAUGAAUGUGAAUGUUCAAGCAACCAAAGAAAUUAUCUAGAGCUCUUGCAUUUCCUUUCCAGAAACAAUGAAGCUAUUAAAAGAGUUACUUUCAGUGAAGCUCCUAAAUAUAACAAAUUGACUUCUCCUGAUAUUCAAAAAGACAUUACUCAAGCUGCUGCAGAGGAGAUUACAAAUGUGAUUAUCAAAGAUCUAGGUGACUCAUUAUUUUCAAUUUUAAUUGAUGAGUCACGUGACAUAUCAAUCAAGGAACAAAUGGCAGUUAUUAUACGAUAUGUAGACAACAAUGGACAUAUAAUUGAACGUUUUCUUGGCAUUCAACAUGUGUCAGAUACAACUGCUAGUUCACUCAAGGCAGCUAUUGAAGCUUUGUUUUCUAAACAUGGGCUAAGUAUAUCAAGAUUGCGUGGUCAGGGAUAUGAUGGAGCUAGUAACAUGCGAGGUGAAUUCAAUGGCUUGAAAGCACUUAUUCUAAAUAACAAUCCAAGUGCAUAUUAUGUAUAUUGUUUUGCUCAUAGACUUCAAUUAACUCUUGUGGCUGUUACAAAGAAGCAUAAUGAAGUUGGAGAUGUCUUCAAUUUUAUUUCUAGCAUUAUAAACAUAGUUGGAGCAUCAUGUAAAAGGAUGGAGGUGAUUAGAGAAAAACAAUAUGCUAGAAUUAUUGAAGGACUUGAAAAUGGGGAAAUUUCUAGUGGACGAGGCUUGAAUCAAGAAACUUCUCUUAGAAGGUAUGGUGAUACUCGUUGGGGCUCCCACUAUAUUACAAUUAUUCGUUUACUUGCAAUGUUUUCAUCAGUUCUUGAUGUGCUUGAGAUUAUAAGGGGGGAUGGGAUGAACUCAGAACAGAGAACGGAAGCGGUCAUUUUAACAGGUAUUAUGGAAUCAUUUAAUUUUGUGUUCAUGCUUCAUUGUUUGAGAAGGAUACUAGCAGUUACUAAUGAGUUAUCACAAGCAUUACAAAGAAAAGAUCAAGACAUAGAAAAUGUUAUGAGUUUAUUAAAAACAUCAAAGGAACGAUUCAAAUUGAUGAGAGAGAAUGAUUGGGAAUCUUUACUGGAAGAAGUGUCAUCUUUUUGCAUCAAACAUGAUAUUGAUAUUCUAAACAUGGAUGAUGAGUACAAGCUUCGUGGGCGUUCAAGGCGAAAAUCUCAAGGGAUUACAAACUUACACCAUUUUCGUUAUGAAUUGUUUAACAAUAUCAUUGACAUGCAACUUAUUGAGUUGGAUGAUCGUUUUACCGAGACGAGUAUGGAGUUACUUCUUUGUGUGGCAUGUUUAAGCCCAAAUGACUCUUUCUCUACGUUCAACAAAGAAAAGCUUGUUCGCCUUGCUCUUUUUUAUCCUAGUGAAUUCUCUAUAGUGGACCUUAUGGUACUUGGUGACCAACUUGAUACGUAUAUUAUUGAUCUACGUGGUGAUGAUGAGUUCUCUGGUAUUGAAGGUAUUGCUAGUCUUGCAGAGAAAAUGUUGCAACAGCUACAGUGGAGAGAGUUUUUUUUGCUAUGCAUAUUGUCAAGAGUAGAUUGCGAAACAGGAUGGGAGAUAAGUGGAUGA